AUGGCUACCAAACCGGUUAAUGUCAAUCAUGAGGGGUACAGUCGCCGACUAGACACCGUACAGCGGAUCUUGCAGAGAUUUGGCUUGAAAUCCGCCCAAAUUUCGACCAUUGCCUACGUCGAGCACUGCCCAUUUCCUUUCAACAACUUUAUCUAUAAAGUGGAGCUUCAUACGCCCGCGGUACCUGCAUCUUUUGCAGACAAUCAGCCUUGCACGCUGCCUCCGCCUGAAGAGGGUGUAUCUACGGUCAUUGUGCGCAUGAGCAACCCCUUAGCCGAGGGGCUCAACAAUGCGAAUCGCGUGGAGAAUGACGUGGCAGCGCAACAUCUCGUCCGGGAGGCUCUCCAUGCGGCCGGAUUGCCUUCUCUCGUGCCAGCCGUGUAUGCAUGGGAGCGUUGCCGCUACGAAGAGGCCCCUGACGAGACAGGUUUCGGGUGGACGAUUGGCGAGUUCAAGCCCGGAUCCGAUUUGGACGGGGAGUUUCCGACCCUCGCAGUGGAUGAGAAGAAACAAGUCAUGAAGCAGAUUGCGGACAUCUUCGCAGCUAUACAGCAGGCUCAACUUCCGCAGAGCAUCACACAGUUUGGUGCAUUGACCAUUGACGAUGAGGGCCAGAUCGUUAACGGUCAGAUGCCCUUGCUCAGCGGUGGCCCAUGGGAUGCAUAUGCAGACGUCUGGGUCGCCAAGUUGCGCCUUCAACUGGAAGACGCAGAUAAGAGCCCGCUACUCCAAGGCUGGUCUCUUGGAGGGUUGCGAGAGCAGAUUAACGCAUGGAUUGAGGACGGUGGAGUGCCCAGACUACUCAAUGGCGUGAAUAAUAAUGCUCGAGUUCUAGUCCAUGGGGAUCUUACUAUGAACAAUUUCCUCUUUGAUGUUACAUCCAAACGCAUCACGGCCAUUCUGGAUUUCGACUGGGCAGCGGUGACUCAUCCCGCCGAUGAGUUCUUCACCGGUCUGUGGGACUUGGGAGGCGGUUUUGACGAUAGAACAGCGCACAUGACCUCCAACAUCCUCCAGGGUGACUUUGAGGAGAUGCCACCAAACUUGGAUGAUAAGGGGCUCGAAGCAUUCGGAAUCGCCAAGGCCUGGAACGAGGCUGUGGCCAGCACGGGAGCUGCUCGACCGAGUUCUAUUGAAAAAAUGGACAAGAUCCUAGCGCUGCGGGAGCUCGAGACGCUGCUGUGUCCAUUCGCUCUGGGCAACGAAAUGAUGCUCAAGCGCAUCUCUGAUGAACAGAAGGCCCUGAAGAGACAGGAUACUGAGGCUCAGAUCAUCGAGUGGUUUAGCAGACACUGA